GCUUUGCUAAAAUAUAACAGUGUACCUUUGAAAAAGAAUUCCUGAAAAAAAAAGAUAUAUAUUUUGACAUGAGUUUGACAUGGCAGUGAAUGACAUGCACAACAUAUAUACAUCUUCAUACAACAUUUUUAAAUUAUGACUUUGACGAAACAAAUUACUUCUUUAUGACCGGGACAGUUGUAAUCAAUAUGUUUUGCAAGUUCAGUAUCACUUUAUUUGGAGCAGAUCUUCAAAGCUAAGCCUCUCGCGUAUAGCGGGUUAUCAAUGUUUACUUCUACAGACCGUUCUCUCUCUAUGCACGUGUAUAUCUGAUCUGGAAAACGUAAUAAACUGUAUCGGAGUGAAAAGCUAUGUGAAACAUUUGCAGUGUGGAUAACUGCACUUAACAAAACGUUAUUUUCUUAAAUUUGUAUGUGGCUAAAAAGUAGAAAUGUGGAGCAGUAUUGUUGCAGUUUCGUCUUUAGGUGCUUUGGCCGCGUACAUUAUACAAUACAGAGACUGGAUAGAUUGGAAUCAGAAGUUCCUUUACAGAGUUGCACCUGGUCCUUGCAAACAGGUUUUAACUGAUGGCGGCUCAGAAGAUGUUACGUACAUUGGAAACGGAAUAGUUAUUAUGUCAUCUGGUAUAGGUGCUGGAGAAGGUAAUGGGGUUGUCAAAGCUUUAGAUCUGAACACCAGUCAAGUGGUAACCAUGAAAAUACGUGGAGCUCCGGACAGAAAAGAUUUCAUGACAAUCCCACAUGGUAUCACCACCUGGAAAGAUGAAAGGGGGAAUAUAUAUGUAUAUGUCUUGACACAUCCCCCAAAAGAGGACAGGAUCGAAGUGUUCAAAGUGAAAGGAAAUAAUGUCCUAAAAUAUAAAAGGACCAUAACAGAUCCAAACUUCAGCUACAUGAACGAUCUAGUUGCAGUAGGACGAGACAAGUUUUAUAUAACAAAGUUUAUUCACUAUCGAGAAAGGCCAUGGAGUAUUCUGGAGUAUAUGACUCAAAAUGCCUGGGCAGGUGUUAUGUAUUAUGACGGAAAAAAGGCUAGAGAUGUUGUUCCAACCGGUCUGCUGUUGCCAAAUGGGAUCAACAUUUCACCCGAUGGAAAAAUGGUUUACGUAGCAGAGUUCGGGAAAAAGAUAUUGCAUGGUUAUCACAGAUCAACGGACAAUCUUCUUACAAAAGCAUGGUCUUUUGAUGCUGACACGCUGGUUGACAAUAUAGAGGUCGAUCCAGACACCGGUGACUUGUGGAUUGGUUGUCAUCCUGUAGCUUACAGGAUACUUGAUUACAUGAAUGAUUUCUUCGGACUGACAUUACCGUCCCAGGUAUUGCGAUUCAAAAUGGAAGACAAUAUGGUAUCUGCCGUUGAAGAGAUCUACGCAGACGACGGAACAGAAUUGCUUGGCUCGACAGCGGCAACCUAUGUGAACGGAAAACUUGUAAUUGGUACCGUUGAAGCCCAAGCUGUUGUCUGUGAUGUUAACUACUUGUCAGCUAGCACAGCUGUAUUAGUAAUUACUGCUGGAUUUACUUUCCACUACUUUCUCUUGUACAGAGAUUGGCUGCACUGGAACCAGGACAGAGUCUUGAAAGUUACGCCAGGGCCGUGUCAGACUGUUAAAGAUGAUGGCGGUUCUGAAGACAUUGUUUAUAUUGGAGAUGGUAUAUUCCUGAUGUCCACGGGCUUUGAAUUUGGUAAGCUAACGGGUGAUGUUAUUGGUCUCGAUAUUAACGGUAGUCCGAAAAUCUUAACUUUCAACAAGACCGAUGUACCCGCCUUAGAGGAACCUAUUUUGGCAUCUCCACACGGAAUGACGUCGUGGACAGAUCCCAACACAGGUAAAAUAUUUCUUUACGUGCUUACUCAUCCUCCGAGUGUAGACAAAAUCCGUGUGUUCAAGUUCUUGAAGCCGUCAGUGUUAAAGUAUUUAAAGACAAUCACUGAUCCCAGUUUUACUUAUAUGAACGACCUGGUUGCUGUUGAUGUGGACAAGUUCUAUAUUACUAAAUACACCAUGUAUCGAGAUACAAGAAGUAUACAGAUGGAACAUUUGUCUCAUCUCAGACAAGGAAAGAUUUUCUAUUAUGAUGGAAGGAGGGCUAGAGAAGUUUCAGCCGGCUACUUCUUGCCGAAUGGAAUCAACAUUUCGCCGGACAAGAAGAUGAUUUAUAUGGCGGAGUGGGGAGGUCAGCGACUUUAUGGAUUCAAACGAGAGUCAACAAACAACCUUGUGAAAGUCUGGGAUAUGGAUAUGGGUACGGGAGUAGACAACAUUGAUGUGGAUGAGAAUGGAGACCUAUGGAUUGGUUGCCAUCCAAUCACAUGGAAGAUUGCUGACUUUUUUAACUUGUUUGGUGCUACACCACCAUCCCAGGUGAUAAGAGUAAAGAUUAGAGACCAUACCGUUGACGAUGUAGAAGAAAUCUAUAGGGAUGAUGGUCAGGAGUGUUCUGGAUCCACUGUUGCGAGCUAUCAAAGAAAAAAGCUUGUCAUCGGAACAGUCUUCCAGCAGACAGUCGUCUGCGAUGUCAAAUAUCUAACAAACUAAAUAAAGUUUCUUUAUCUUAUUGCAUGUGUAUAUCUAACAUAAAAAUAUGUUCUUUCUGAACUUGAAUUAUUCAGAUAUAUCCAAAGUCAUGCACAAUGAAACUCCAUAUGAAAUGAGCAAAGAUU